AUGUCGGUACGACAAACUAGGCGCCAGGCCGCCCAGGCCGCUGCUGGCGAAUCGCCCAAGGUCGCAAACGAGGAACCCGUCCAACAGGCUGUGAUGAACGGAAAUGAGAACGAGGUUGCUGCGACGGGAGCCUCGGAAGACGUCCCCAAGGAGAACAUCUUCCUGUUCUUGCCCAAUCUCAUCGGCUACUUCCGCAUCGUCCUCGCGAUCGCCUCUCUUUACUACAUGCCCCUCCAUCCGCGAACCUGCUCUUUGCUGUACAGCGUAUCCUGCCUUUUGGAUGCCCUCGACGGAUACGCUGCGCGCGCUUUUGAGCAGUCGACUCGUUUCGGCGCCGUGCUGGACAUGGUGACAGACAGGUGCACGACCUCGUGCUUGCUGGUUUUCUUGUCCUGCGCCUUCCCCCGCUGGACCAUUGUUUUCCAAAUGCUGCUCUCGCUCGACUUCUCCAGCCACUACAUUCACAUGUACACCACGCUUUCCAUGGCGGGGUCCGACAGCAGCCACAAGAACGUCGACGAGAGCCGCAACAGGUACCUGUACUUGUACUACACCAACAAGACCGUUCUCUUCGUCUUCUGCGCUCUCAACGAGCUCUUCUUCAUCGCCCUUUACAUGCUGAGCUUCUCGUCACCGCGUUUUUCGCCGGCCCUGCUCAGCUCCGUGUCCAACUCGGAAGCCAUGCAGAUCCAGGCAGGUGCGCAGGUCAAUACGUCUCUGCUUAGCCACAUCUUUCCGAAUCCAUACAGUGCCGCAGCUCUCGAGCUUGCCCGCGCAAACAAGAUGGACUCGACUUUGCCGUGGGUUCUUGCUUCCAUCAGCUUCCCUGUCAUGUUCAUGAAGCAGGUUAUCAACGUCAUGCAGCUCGUGAACGCGAGCCAGUGGCUGGCCGAGGGUGACGUUGCUGCUAGACGGGCCAAGGGCCUGCCCAAGAAGAAGACAAAGAACACGUAA